AAAGUAUAAAAUGAGAAGUGCGGGAAAGUAGUUCUCGUAUAGAGAGAUGGGAACAGCGUGGUCACAAGAUGGGGCUUCUCAGUCGGAGGCAAGUGGACAGCAGAAACAACAAUCAGCAACAGAGCCUCAUCCAUCAACAUACACAGUCAAGGGUGCUUACAAUACAGUGGAAGUAAAGCCAAGUGAUAAUGUAGACAAGACAGUGGUGAAGCCAACAGAACAGAAAAUCCCUCAUAACUUUCAAGCCAUUUUGAAAGAUGCAAACGGCUUCCGUAUGGACAAGUCUUCCACGGAAGAGAAGUUCGGCCAGCUACGAGCUGGCAUACUCUUGAACCAAAAGAGAAAGAAAUAUUGGGUUGAUAAGAACUUCAACAACUGCUUUAUGUUGUAUUCAAGGGAUCUUUCAAUUUGUUGGGUUGACGAUUGUCGGUACUGGCAAUGGACCAGUGUGAAAGAAACGAGCGAUGAGUUCGUUGAUGUGGCCGAACUGUUGAACGUAUGUUGGCUGGAAAUUAAUGGAAAAUUUGAUACUGCUGAGCUCUCACCAGGAAUUUUGUAUGAAGUGGCAUAUGUGGUGAUGCUGAAAGAUCCAGCUUAUGGAUGGGAAGUUCCAGUAAACAUCAGACUCACUCUCCCAGAUGGAAGCAAGCAAGAAAACAAAGUAAAUUUGAUGGAAAAGGUAAGGGGACAAUGGAUCAAGAUUCCAGUAGGUGAAUUCAAAACACCAGUCCAAAAACAUGGGGAAAUCGAGUUCUCAAUGUACGAAUAUGUUGAUGGAAAAUGGAAGAGAGGGCUUUGCAUCAAGGGAGUCACAAUUCAGCCAAAGAACUGAAUUCCACAAUAAUCAAUACUUCACGGGCCAGUUGGAAAAAUAUAAUAUUUAGAUUUUUAUUUGGAACGAAAAGUGAGUUUGAAUGUACAAUAAAUAAUUGCAACAAAGCAAAUGGAAGAAAAAUUCAAAUUUUGGUUUUA